AGUUGCUUGUCAAAUAUUCUCAAUCAACCAAAUGUCAUCAAAAUAAAAGUUUCUUAAUUAAUUACAAAAUGGUAUAAUUAAUAUAGUACAAGCAACGAAAAAUAACUAUUUAAUUGAUAAAAAUUUAUGAAUUUAAAUAUACUAUUUUUUAUAAUUAUAUUGAUCUAUGAUGGCCACAUCAAAAAGCGUUUGAAAGUUACCAUACCGUAUGAAUAAAACAUUGUAAUGUACACGCUUAUUUAACUCCACUAAUUUUUUUAUUUUUAUGUAAUAAUAAAUCCAAGUUUUGUAAACAUUUACAAUAAUAUAAUAUGAAUCUGUCUGAAAGUUUAGCCAAUAUGUCUAUACAAAAUGAUAACACAGAGCAGAUUCAGAAAAAGAGAGAGGACUACAUAGGAUGGACUGACUACUUUAUGGCAGUAGCAUUCUUAGCAGCCAAACGAAGCAAAGAUCCACAUUUUCAAGUGGGUGCAUGCAUUGUCAAUCAGGACAUGAGAAUAGUUGGUGUUGGAUACAAUGGUAUGCCGAGAGGAUGCAGUGACGAUAUUUACCCAUGGGAAAAAGGGAAAAAGAAAUUGUAUGUAUGCCAUGCAGAAAUGAAUGCAAUACUUAACAAAAACUCAUCAGAUGUGUGGGGUUGCACUAUCUAUGUGAAAUUGUUCCCAUGCAAUGAAUGCGCGAAGAUCAUCAUUCAAUCUGGCAUUAAAGAGGUGGUGUAUGUCUCCGACAAGAAAGCCAAAAAAGUCGAGUACAAAGCAUCCAGGCAAAUGUUGAAGGAUGCGGGCGUUAUUUGCACCCAAUAUAAACCAAAAGUCGGGACUAUUGUCAUAGACUUUGAUGAAGAUAACGACUCCUCGCCGUUGGAAACAGAAAAACGAUCUGAAUAAGCAUAUUACUUAUACAAAUUUUACAAUUGUUUAAAAAGUACGUCUGUAAAUUAGCAACUUGGUGUUGUAGCUGUAUUCAGGUUUCCAUCAGUGGGCCCGUAUGUUUGUUGGCCACUAUUGUGAUAUAAAAAUAGCAUAAUUUUUAAUGUGUACUUAAAUGUAUUAGUAAAAUGAUGUUGUAUAAAUUUAUGUACUUAAAAUAUGUAAUUUACACAACAAGAAUAGAAUUAAUAACCCAAUUAUAUGACUCUGAAUAUAAUAAAUGUACCCAUGUUGUUUCAAUCAAUUAAA